AUGGACCACGUCUCUGGUACAACCUACUAGACUGACAACAGUCUCUCUCUUGCUACUCAGAUUGACGUGGCAGAUGAAAGAGAGAAGAAGCUGUUUGAGGCACUGGAAACAGCAGAGGAGGGGGAAGGAUAUCUGGCCGAAGCUACGAUUACUGGUGGGCCUGCUACUCCCCAUCCAGGCUUGAUGAAAGAGGUGCGAAAAAAACGCAGAAAUAAACACAAACGUGAUUCUGCGCCCUCAGAAGGUAAACGUCGCUUUAUGGUCCUUUAA